CACAAAAAUUACCGCGGAGUGAAUUAAUUAAGUUUGUUGCGUUAAGCGGUUGGAAAUAUUAAUGCAAUCUCAUUAAUUCGAUGGAAUAGAGAAUUCCAACGAAAAUAGAAAUCACCAAUUAAAUGUAAUUGUUGAUAAGAGAUUUGCGAUAAUCGUGUAACAAAAUAAAAAGAAAGGAAAACAUAAUUGGAAUAAGAUAAUUUGAAAACAAUCAAAAUGAGCUCAACAACACCAACGGGUCCACCACCAGUUCCACCGACAAAACCAAUCCUUUCAACUCCAGGCUCUUAUAUGUCAACAUUCCAGUCAGGACAUACAGCAACAAUUCAUAGUAUUAAUAAAUCACAUGACAAGCCGGCUAUUGCCGCACGACCUGUUAUGCCACCAACAGUACCAAAAUAUUCGUCAUCGUUUGGAAAAAUUGAUCGUGAUCGGAAUGAAUUUGGUGGCGCCAAAAUCGAUCGAAUCGAAAGGGAAAAGGACGGAAUUGGAGGCUCUUAUCGUUUAGCGAGUCUCGAUCGUCUUGCAAAUCGUCAACGAUUAUUGGAACAGAAUAACGGGUUGGGACAAACUGAUGUAAAGAACGGAAUAUCAACAACUGAUAGUAAUUUGAAUGGUAAUGGUGGCGGCUAUCCAGUGGGGAUGCAAUCUAAACGCGAAAUGUUUUUCAAGGGAGAAGCUCAGAGUCCAUCAGGUCCACCUCCACAACCACCAUCUUUGAAUAAUAUAAACUCAUCAUCAGUGAACAAUAACAACACCAAUAACAACGAAAAAUCACAUAUUACAACAAACGGAACACACAAUAGCGUUCAGAAUAGCAUAAAUAAAUUGAUAAUGAAGGAGAAGGAAGCAAAUGAUAUGAAUCAUCAUCUGGACUCUAAUAAGUUGGCGAAUGAACGUCAAGAGAAAGAGAAACAGCAAGCGAUUGUGCGACCCAAAGUGAAAGAACUUGACGGUUACGUUGGCUUUGCUAAUCUACCAAAUCAAGUUUAUCGAAAAGCAGUAAAGAAAGGAUUCGAGUUUACUUUGAUGGUUGUCGGUGAAUCGGGAUUGGGAAAGUCAACACUCAUCAAUUCUAUGUUCCUAUCGGAUAUUUAUAAUCAGGAACAACAUCCGGGACCAUCAUUUCGUGCGAAGAAAACGGUGAAUGUUGAAACAACGAAAGUUAUGUUGCGUGAAAAUGGAGUCAAUUUAACAUUAACUGUCGUCGAUACGCCAGGCUUUGGUGAUGCCGUUGAUAAUAGUAAUUGUUGGGUUCCGGUCAUCGAUUUCGUUGAAUCAAAAUACGAAGAAUAUUUAACAGCUGAAUCGCGUGUUCAUCGUAAAGCAAUGUCCGAUAGUCGCGUUCACGUUUGCUUGUAUUUUAUCGCACCAUCUGGACAUGGACUGAAGCCACUUGACAUUGAAUUUAUGCAACGAUUACAUGAUAAAGUCAACAUCAUUCCGGUUAUUGCCAAAGCUGACACAUUGACACCGGAAGAGAUUCAACAUUUUAAGAAGCAAAUUCUUAAUGAAAUUGCACAACAUAAGAUAAAGAUCUACGAUUUUCCAGAACCACUCGAAGAUGAAGAAGAAGCAAAAGCAUUACGACAAUUACGCACUCGUGUUCCAUUCGCUGUUGUUGGCGCUAAUGCUAUCAUUGAAAUUGAUGGACGAAAGAUUCGUGGAAGGAAAUAUCCGUGGGGAAUUGCUGAAGUUGAGAAUUUGGAGCAUUGUGAUUUCAUAGCUCUUCGCAAUAUGGUCGUUCGUACACAUUUGCAAGACUUAAAAGAUGUCACCAAUAACGUUCAUUACGAGAAUUAUCGUUGUCGAAAACUCGCCGGUCUUGGAAAUGAUGGAAAAGCGAGAUUAUCGAAUAAGAAUCCACUCGCUCAAAUGGAAGAAGAGAAACGUGAACAUGAUUCAAAGAUGAAGAAGAUGGAAGCUGAGAUGGAGCAAGUCUUCGAAAUGAAAGUCAAAGAGAAGAAGCAAAAGUUGAAGGAUUCCGAGCUUGAAUUGACGCGACGUCAUGAGGAGAGAAAGAAAGCUCUUGAGCUUCAGAUUCGUGAGUUGGAAGAACGUCGUAAAGCAUUUGAACAAGAAAAAGGCGAAUGGGAGCAACACAGUGGAGUCACACUUGAUGAGUUGAGAAGGAGAAGUCUUGAAGCCAACAGCAAAGAAAAAAAAGAAAAUCUUUUCACAAGUAAAUCGCCCAUUUCCACAGGACUGGUUCAAUGGCAUCAAGAAAUUCAGAUGAGACGAAGAAAAGUCGUGUCUUUGGAUCGUUAUUGCGUCGACAUACGUCAUUUGGCGCACCAGAAGCUUCAAAACUCUCAACACCACCAACAAUUUCAGCGCCGAUCAUUCAGUCCAAUACGAAUCGUGAUUAAAACGAUGGAUGAUAAUUAUAGAAAUAAAUUUAAAGUUUUUAAGGAUAUAAUGCCUACGAUUAUAGCUUUAGAUGUCUCACUUUCAAUGACAAGAAUCGCUUACACCAACAGAGAUAAUCAAGAAAUCACAUAUAGUCAACUGGCAAUAAAUGGAAUCAAUGAGUUAUUAGACUAUUUGGUUAAACAGCGUUCAAUGGAAUUCGUUUCAUUAGUGAUCCUCUACACAGAACUCAAAUAUAAACGGAUAGAAUGUUACGGUUUAUCAUUCUUAUCGUAUACUGGUGAAAUAAAUGAAGAAAAUCUUCCGAGAGUUCUUCCAUACCCGAAAGACGAAGAAGCCUCAACAGAACAAAUUAAAUCAGAUGAAAACUUAGAAGAUGAAGAGUUGGAAGUAAAGUUUGAAUUAGAUGUGGAAUAUUUAAAAGCACUCGAUCCGAAACUUUGGAAAGAUCAAGAUCAUUAUGCUGUAUUGGGAUUACAAAGCGCAAGAUAUUACGCUUCAGAUGAUGAUAUUCGUCGUGCUUAUCGCAAAAUUGUAUUAAAACAUCACCCCGACAAACGAAAAGGACAAGGCGAAGCAAUUAAUCCUGAUGACGAUUAUUUCACUUGCAUCACACGAGCUUAUGAAUUCCUUGGAACUCCUCAGAAGCGUCGAUCAUACGAUUCAAUCGAUCCACAUUUCAAUGAUGACUUGCCAACUCAAUCAGAAGUUGAGAAAGAAUUCUUCAAUAUUUUAGGUCCGUGCUUUAAGCUUAACUCACGGUGGAGCGAGAAGAAGAAUGUGCCAUUGUUAGGAAAUGAUGAAAGCGAACGAUCGCAUGUUGAAAGGUUUUAUGAUUUCUGGUAUGAUUUCCAAUCGUGGCGAGAGUACAGCUAUCUUGACGAAGAAGACAAAGAAAAAGGACAAGAUCGAGAUGAACGACGGUGGAUUGACAAGCAAAAUAAAGUCAUGAGAACGAAAAGGAAAAAGGAGGAAAUGGCACGAAUUAGACAACUUGUUGAUCUCGCUUACAACAAUGAUCCGAGAAUAGCGAGGUUUAAGAAGGAAGAACGCGACAAGAAAAUGGAAGCAAAGAAAGCAAAACGAACAGCAGCUGAAGCUCAAAAAGCUGAAGAAGAUCGACAAGCGAAAGAAGCGGCUGCUGUGAAACUUAAAGCAGAGCAAGAGGAACAAAAACGACUUGAACAGCUUCAGAAAGAUAAAGAAGCUCAAAAGCGUGCCUUAAGAAAAGAGCGGAAAGCACUCCGCGACUUUGCCAAGACGAAUGAUUACUUUGUGACUGAUGAGAGUGACAAAAUUAAGCACAUUGAGAAUGUUGAGAAGCUUUGUGAGACUUUAAAAUUACUCGAACUUCAAGAUUUAAAUAAAAAGAUUCAAGAAAAUCCUUCGAAUGGUCGAGAAUUCUUCACAGAUGCAGUGAAUGUCAUGGAGAAGCAGUUGGAGGAAGAGCGACGGAAAAAUCUUCAAUCAAGUUCAUAUGUAAACUCAAUUGGGAAGAACACAUCGACACCUCUUGCCGGUGUUGUGAAUAAGAAGAAUUUAUGGAAUAAUGAGAACAUUCAAUUGCUGAUAAAAGCUGUAAAUCUCUUUCCUGCUGGCACAAAUCAACGUUGGGAUGUUGUAGCGAAUUUCAUCAAUCUUCAUGCAACAAACCUACCUGAAAAUGUCAAAUUCAACUCCAAAGAGGUGCUCAAUAAAGCUAAAGAUAUUCAAUCAAGUGACUUCUCAAAGAAUGACUUGAAAUCUCAAGUAAAUCAGAAAGCUUUUGAAUCGUUUGAGAAGAAUAAGAAAGAUUUGAAAGUAGUUGAUAAUUCUGAGAUAAGCACGAAAGAUACUGGAGAUGUAAAGCCAGCAGUUAAUGGCGACACGACACAAUCGAAAGUAAAUGGACAUUUGAAAAAAGUUGAACCGAAAACAAAUGGAGGAUCGUCGAUUGAAAUGAAAAUUUGGACGAAGGAAGAGCAGUCAUUGUUGGAACAAGCAAUCAAAACUUAUCCAGUGUCAACACCAGAUCGAUGGGAUCGCAUUGCUGAAUGUAUACCGAACCGUACGAAGAAGGAAUGCUUAAGACGUGUCAAGGAGCUCGUUGAUCUCGUCGUUUACAGUGCACUUUAUGAAGUUCUCGUUGAUUUCACGAAGGAUUAUUCUCUUAUUCGUGCUGCCCUUACAAAAAUCGAGCAUUAUGACAAAACAUGUUUGCACAAUGUGUUGAUGGCAUGCAACAACAUUUUGACAUCAAAUUGGGGAAGUCAAAGCUAUGGACAAAUUUUAAUGGUGACAGAUUUAGGCAUUGGAUUGGGACAAAAGUCGCUUAAGAAUCUUAUCAACACUUUGCCUGGUGAAAAUCAACCAUUGCCACUUCCUUAUCAGAGUAAACUUUCGAUUAUGUGCUUGGGAAAUCCCGAUGAUGAUGUUGGAUUUAAAUAUGGAAUGAAUUUAUACCAACAAUUACUUGACAUUUCCAAACAAAAUGGACAACUCUUCGUGCCACGAUCAUCUGAUAAUCAAUCAACGAUGGAACGAUCGAUAAUGAAGAUGUUUAAAGCAAUGUGCGAGACAAAUUACAAACCAUUCGAAGCUUUUCUUAAUGUUGGUUCUUACUUCAAACUCGACUCAGUUCCAAUUUCAAUAUUUCCUGAGCCUCUUCCUUAUACAAGUAAAGACAUCUUUGGCAAUGAAACAACGAGAAUGAUCUCAAAACGUUUAGAAGUUUGUGGAUAUAUAAAAAUAGCUGAUCUUGUCGGUUCGGGUGGUUCACCUGCAAAUAUAAGUCGAAACUUGAUCUUUCCCCGUGUUGAUUCAUCUCAGAAGAAAUCGGGAUCAGAAUUGGAGAAAUUAGAAUCAGAAAUGAAACAUUUCUUUAUGAAGAAUUCAUCAGCUGAAGAUGAAGAGAGUUCAAGUUCAAUACCAAAUGCUGAUGUGACGACAAAAGAAUCGGCAAUUGUUUUAUUGCAUGGUGCUUUGAAAGUGGAAAAUAUGGCAGCUUUGAUCUUAUUAGCUGAUGAUUGGUACGGUCUUGCUUAUUCUUAUUCUGAUAAGAAGAAAUCUAAUUUGAUGAUUUCAAUUCUUGCUCCUGGUGCGAAUGUCAUUCCUUGGAUUGGCGACAUUCGAUAUUUGGGUUUGCUGCAAGAUGCAUUGUUAGGUGAAAGUUAUGGAUUUCCAAUAAAGACCGAGAAGAAAAGUUAUUCAGCCGGAAACAUGUCUUGGUUGCGAGAAGGAGCUUUGCAAUCAGAUAUUCAGAAAGUUCUUCGACAUGCCAAGAAAAUUCCUGAAAAAACGACACAUUUCUAUAAAGAACUCAACAGAAUUAGAAGAAAUGCACAAUCGUUAGGAUUCGACUCAUUAAUUGAGAUUCUUGCAGAAAUAUUCGACAAAGAAGCGCAACUUUUGAUGCUGCCAACUGCAAAAGCUCAUCCAGAAUGUUCAGUCCAAUUAUCACAUGCUGCAAGAGAAUUGAGACGAGGCGAUCGAGAUUUAAUAAAGAAAUUAGAGCAAGCUUGAAUAUUUUUAAGUAAAAUGUAAACAGAGAAUGAUUUGAUGAUAGAAAUAAAUUUUUUAUUAUUUACGGAGGCUCCACUCUGUGAUUAGCCUCCGCCUUCAAUUAAUGCAAA